CGCAGUUUUAAUGUUCAUUACCUCCCCUAAAUGUACAUGUAUAGGAAAUAAGCACAGUGCCAUUUUCUGAUCUGACAUUCAUGGAGAUUUUUGGCUACCCAGUGCAGUUAUCAGAUGUCUGCUGGACACUGCUUGUGUUGUUUGCUGUAUCUUCAAUAUAUGACUGGGUUGGCUGGAUCAUCUGGAAGUACAAGUACAACAUCAAGGGCACCUUCCCAGUCCCCAUAUUUGGAAUAUUUCUAGACUUCCUUCUCCAUCCGAGUGCAGAUGAUGCAAAGAGGAGAAUGUUGAAAUAUGGACCAGUCCAAGGAGGGAAUGCUGGGCAUUUGAAGAUGAUCAUUGUACAAGAUGUUGACUUGAUGAAGAAAGUCCUGAUCACCAAUCAUGCCCAGUUUCAAAACAGAUAUAGCUUGAUGGGACUGUACUAUCCUCCACCAGCUGACAAGACUCUACUGGAGUUGAAGGACGGGGAAUGGAAGCGAGUCAGGAGCAUUGUGACUCCUAGUUUUAGCUCGGGCAAACUUAAGAUGAUGAGCACGCUGAUCAGUCACUGUAGCGAGACGUUGGUGAAGGGCCUUGUUGAGCAAGCAAAGAAGGGUGCUGUGAUUGAGCCAAGAAAGCAUUUUGGGUGCUACACUAUGGAUGUAAUAGCCAGCACAGCGUUCGGCAUUGAGACCGACUCCUACAACAACCCUGAGGACCCGUUCAUUCAGAACGCUCAGAAGGUCUUCACUACAUCAACCUUUGACCCGUUAAUAAUUCUCUCAAUGCUUUAUCCACGCUUUGGAACUUUACUGGUGAACCUGUUUGGCUACAGCGCCUACUGGCCCAAAGGCCCUCUACAGUUCUUCAGUGAUGUCACUAAGAAGGUUAUUGACGGUAGACAAAAGGAUGAUCUGACACUGGACGAGAUCCAAUCCCAGUCCUUCAUUGUAUUCAUUGCUGGGUACGAGACCACAUCGUCCCUCCUCAACUACGCAGCCUACAUGCUCGCUUCUCACCCGGAUGUACAGGACAGACUUAUUGCUGAGACUGAUAAAGCCGUACCACAGGAUUGUCAGGAGGUUACAAACGACCAUAUAAUGGAAAUGCCAUACCUUGACAUGGUGGUCCACUUGACAAUGGACAGGACAACGUCACAGAGCCAGGAUGUACAGCUGGACGGCUACUGGUUUCCUCGAGAUACCAUGGUAGUGUUUGACAUGCACUUGAUGCAUCAUGAUGAGACCAUCUACCCGGAGCCUGACAAGUUCAUUCCGGAAAGAUUUUCUGCUGAAGGGAAAUCCAGUCGGGACCCAUUCACGUUCAUGCCGUUUGGUCAUGGACCCAGAAACUGCAUUGGAAUGCGUCUAGCCUUGUUAGAGGCCAAGAUAGCCUUGGUGGCCACCCUGAGAAAAGUGAUGUUUGUACGGGAACCUGAGACCGAGGUUCCGCUAAAUGUUUUGACCUCCGACAACUUUUUAAGGACAAAGAAUCCAAUAAAAGUGUCAGUGAUGUUGCGGUAG